CCCCAGGACUAUGGCUCUCCCUCUCCUGGCAUGGAGGAGGGUACUUAGUGACAUGGUGGCCACUUAGAGUGUGUGUAAACCCACGUGAGCUUUCUUACUGGGACUAGACAUGUAUCUGUUUGGGAGGAGAUUGCUUUUUUCAUCUCACCAUUUUCUAGGUGCGUAAACUGGGUUGCAAAGAUGACAGUGUGAUCCUCCGGGAAGCUCCAGGAUAAGCACUAUGGCAUUUCCUAGAUGUAGCUCAAAAUUGAGGCUUGAAAUGUGGUCACGAUGAUGGUGAUGUGGAGAACUAGGCUCCGAGUGCAUGUGUUUGGUUCAGGAGGAUUGAUUUUGGACUUCCAUUUAUUUGUUUAUUCAUGAAAUAUGUCUUAAGCUUCUAUUCUGUGUCAGACACUGUUCUAGGUACUUGAAAAUAAACCAGUGAGUACGACAGAUCAAAAUCUUUGCCCUUGUGGAAUUUAGACAAUGGGGCAAAGAUAAGAAGGUCAACAUAAUAUAUAAGGAAAGAAAAUAUAGGUAGAAAAAGAUUAGUUCUACGAAGGAAAAAUAGAAUGAGUUAAGGGUGAUCAAGAGUUUGGGGAAAGUGUUAGAAUUUUAAAUAGAAUGUUCAGAGUAGACCUCAGGGAGAGGGUGGCAUUCGAGCAAAGUCUAAGGAGAGGGAAAUAACCAUGCAGACAGUAAUCUGGGGAAAAAGCAUUCCAGGCAGAGGGAACAGCCAGCUCAAAGCCCCAGAAGUGGAGUGUGGCUGGAGUGUUCGAGGAAGAGCAAGGAGGUCAGUGUGGGUAAAGCAGGGCUAGUGAAUGAGCGAAUAAGAGAGGAUGAGGUCAGAGGAGAGAGAGCAGGGACAUGGGUUGGGGGAAGCAGAUUGCAAACGGCAUUAUAGGCCAUUGUAAGGACUGAGGGCAACAAGGAGCCAUUAUGGGGUUUUGAACAGAGAGGUGGCAUUUUGGGGUUUAUGCUGUAAAAGGUUGGCUCUGAAUGCUGUGUUCAAAAAUAGACUUUGGGCCGAGGUGGGAGAGGGGCGUGCAAGGGUGAACUAGGUAAGAGGUUAUGGUAUUUAGAGUCUCAGGGGUAUUGUGGCUGGAGGAAAAUGGUCAGACUUUGGAUAUACUUUGAAAGUAGAGCAAACAGAAUUUCCUGAUGAAGUGGCUGGGGCUAUGAGAGAGAGCUUUGAUCCUGAAUCGUGGACCUAGGUCUCUCCUCCCCUUCCCAUUGAUUCUUCGUGGCCACUGUGGUAUGUGAGAGUGAAAGGCGGCACCAUUAACAAUUACUCUGGGACCCCAGGUGUAAACUAGAUACCCAGGGCAGCAAGUAUAGCUGGUCACCCUACCUAGAGCUCAUGUCUGUGGAGAUGGAAAGGGGGGAUUUCGUCAGAAGGGACUUAUUGGGGAAGGCAACUCUGGUACCUUCUGGAGCCACAAAAAAGCCCCAAGAAUGGUGAGAAUAAAAAAUGUGUGUAUUGGGGAGUGGACGGGCAGGGUAUGUAAAGAAAUCAAAUGGUCAUUUUGGAAAAGUACCUCUCCCUUUAAGGGCAGGGUUGAGGGUCCGCAACCCUGUCAGCAGGCCUCUGGUUAACCAGGCCCUCAACCUGAGGGUUAGGAAUGUUCUAAGUGUCUCUGUCACCGUAGAGGCCGGGGAAGGCCACACAGACGCCACUGCGAAUGGGGUUCUUGCCCAAUGACCUGUGUGUGGUAAACAGACUUCCUUCUCUUCAUGAACAGCCCAAACCUUACCAGAGCCAAUCAGUUUUAGGCUCAGACAGUGGUGAUUGGUGUAUAAAUAUCUGAAGCAGGAAGUCUUCUCGUCUUCAGACAGCAAGGGAGAUGGCAAUAAUGCAUGGGCCAUCCCAAUCAAUGGGAAGUACAGCUUGGUGGUGUUUGCUUCCAUGAGGCCUAGAGGGUGAGAGGGCUUCAUGUAUCUACCAGGAAGUACCAUCAAGGAGAUUGCCACAAACCCGGAAGAAGCUGGCAAGUUUGUCUUUGAAGUCAUUCCAGCCUCAUGGGACCAGAGUCGCACAGGACAGGACUCCUAUGUCCUCAUGGCCAGCUCCCAGGCGGAGAUGGAGGAGUGGGUUAAGUUCCUCAGGAGGGUUGCUGGCACACCCUCUGGAGCGGUGUUUGGCCAGCGCUUGGAUGAGACUAUUGCCUAUGAACAGAAAUUCGGCCCCCACCUUGUGCCUAUCCUGGUGGAGAAGUGUGCGGAGUUCAUCCGGGAACAUGGCCUGAAUGAGGAGGGUAUCUUCCGCCUGCCUGGGCAGGACAACCUGGUGAAGCAGCUGAGAGAUGCUUUUGAUGCGGGAGAGCGGCCCUCCUUUGACAGAGACACAGAUGUACACACAGUGGCCUCCCUGUUAAAACUCUACCUCCGAGACCUCCCAGAGCCGGUGGUUCCCUGGAGCCAGUAUGAGGGGUUUCUGCUCUGCGGGCAGCUCAUGAAUGCGGAUGAGGCAAAGGCUCAGCAGGAAAUGAUGAAGCAACUCUCCAUCCUCCCCCGAGAGAACUACAACCUCCUGAGCUACAUCUGCAGGUUUCUCCAUGAAAUCCAGCUGAACUGCGCAGUUAACAAGAUGAGCGUGGACAACCUGGCCACUGUGAUUGGUGUGAAUCUCAUCAGGUCGAAGGUGGAAGACCCUGCUGUUAUCAUGAGAGGGACUCCUCAGAUCCAAAGGGUAAUGACUAUGAUGAUUAGAGACCAUGAAGUCCUCUUCCCCAAGUCCAAGGAUGAACCCCUGUCACCUCCUGCCCAGAAAAAUGACCCUAAGAAGCCUCCAGUGGCCCGAAGCUCUGUGGGCUGGGAUGCCACUGAGGAUACCCCAAUUUCUCGGACAGACAGCUUCAGUAACACGACAAGCGACUCGGACACAACCAGCCCCACUGGACUUCAGCCGAGUGAUGGGUAUCUGGAUGACAGCAGCAAACUCUCCAAGGAAAAGCCAGGAGAUUGGAAGCUGCAAUCUCGAAAAAGGACUCAGACACUCCCUAACCGGAAAAGUUUCUUUACUUCAUCUUUGCGUGGCUCCAACAGCAGCAAAGUGGAGGUCUCUAAAAAUAAGCUCUGCUCACCUUCAGAAACCAAGGCAGGGGAAGGGCAUCAAAGAACAAUGUCUCAAGAUUUGCCCCACCUUUCAGACUCCCAGCGGACUUCCACUUACGAUAAUGUCCCUGCCCUCCCAGCGUCCCCUGGGAAUGAAGCCAGUUCACCCUCUUCCCAGGCCUGUGACUCCAAGAGAGACUCUCCCGCCAGUCCCAACUCUGAAGCUGGGUCUGGAACAAAGGACUCUGGAGAAGAGGAACUUGAAUCUCCCCAGAGAAUGGUACAGGAACUACGAAAGGAAAUAGAAACACAGAAGCAAGCAUAUGAGGAACAAAUUAAAAACCUUGAGAAGGAAAACUAUGACGUCUGGGCUAAGGUGGUAAAGCUCAAUGAAGAGUUGGAAAAAGAGAAGAAGAAGUUUGCAGCCUUGGAAAUCAGCCUCCGCAAUGUGGAGCGCUCCCGGGAGGAUGUUGAGAGGAGAAACAAGGCCUUGGAAGAAGAAGUCAAGGAGUUUGUCAGAUUGUUGAAGGAGCCCAAGACUGAUGCAUGAGGGUCCUGAGAGUGCCACAGAGACAGCCCAGGAGAAGCCAACCCUGCUGCCUUUCUCAGCGCUCCCUGAGGACUUGGGAGAAAAAUUAUUUCCUACGAGGGAAAAGACAUUUUGGGGAAAACACAAAUUCCAGUAAAUAACCCACUGGAAUUUUCAGGAAGAUGAGGGUGAGCAGGCACAUAUGUGGACAUCUAUGGCCAUUCUUGCUGUAUUCAAAGGUUGCAUACUGAAAUGGAACCUUCCACCACUGGGCGACUAUGUCCAUUGGAGACAUUUGAGGCAGGCCAUGUCUCAGGACCCAGGCAACAGAUUGGCCCCAACCCAAGGCUGGGCUGCGACAACCCCUCAGUUCUUUGUUUUCUGUGUGAACAACUCACCUAGCCGGAUGGCCUCAGGCCACCUCUGAGACACAGGGACAGAACAUGAUAUUCAGCUUUGAGUGUUCACUCAUAAUGUGUUCUGUUAGGGUGGGGGCUGCACCUGCUAAAGCCAGAACUUCAUUCUAUCACCCCACCAUGAACACAUGCUCCAGAGGCUGGAAACUCAAAGCUGUUACUAGACUAAGAAAGAAUAAGCAACCAAAUUGUAUUUAUGAAGGCAAAUAUCAAUGGGAAAAUUGUAUUCAAAUAAAGGAAAAAAAAAAAAAAAACUAUUGCUAAU